UGCUAUAUAAUGAGUAUACAUCUUGCAACAUCAUACUAAAACUCAUUUCUGUCUUAAACUUUGAAUUUCAUCUGAUUUUGAACUAUCUCCACUUUUUCUUCAACAAUUUGUUUGGAUUUUGAAAAUGGCUUCCAACUCAAGCCCACACCAUUCAGGAAACUCUUCACUUAAAUUCCCCAAGGAUGUGAAGACGAUGAUAAUUCCACCUAAGGCUCUCAACAUUGUUUGGGGCAACGACAAUCGAUAUUGGACCGUGCCCGAAAAAGAGGGAUUGCCUGCGCCUGCAGAAUUGCACCAAGUGAGCUGGCUAGAGGUGACAGGAGUCGUGGACGACACGAAUCCCAACAAGAACUGUGAGGUAGGGUUUCGCGUCUCGUUGAAUCCGGACGCGUUCGGGUGGGGGAAGUAUCCGAUCUACAUGAUGAUCAAGAAGGGGAGCAAGAUCUCAUGGACCAAGAUCAACAUAAACCCUAAUCAAAAGGGGGAGUUUGAGAUAAAAGGGAGAUGGAUGAAAGCCGAUCAACAAAGCCAAAACAACGUUAGUGAACGAAAGGUCUUCUUCGGGUUGUACGAAGUUUGGAGUGGAAAGUGGAAGGGAGGCCUCAAGAUUCACUUUGCAUAUGUCAAAGAGUUGCCAUGAACAAACACACACACACACACACACAAAGAAAUAAAGUUUUUUUUGGAACAAAUAAUGUUUGUUUAACAUGAUCAUGAUCUGCAGUGUUCUUCUUGAUGCAAUAAUCGAUUUGGUUAUUUUCUACUUA